AUGGUACUCUGAAAUUGACUCGUCUGAGGAGGGACAUCCUCAUGAUGUGUAAAGGACAUUAUACGUUUUGAUGAAAAAAGAUAAAGGACAUUAUUAUCUUGGACUUCCUUUGAUCCACAUUCUCAAUUCUCAAACACGAUUGUCUCGUUUCAGUCUGAAGGCAUCAAAGAAACAGCACAUUGCUCUCAAACGCACGAGCUACUGACCAGGAGGCGACCACUAGCUAAGACACAAACACUCGCCAAUCAAAACAACCACUCAGCACUCCAUUACCCGCGUACGUUCACUAAUAAUAAAAAUCUCAACACCUGUCCCCCGUCUCUCAAGACACUCACGACGUCCCCUCACAGUCCGAAGUCGAAGAGACGUUGAACCGCAUUAAGACGCACAAGGGUGUGCAGGGGAUCGUAAUUGUCAACGCAGAAGGCGUGCCAAUUCGAUCAACCCUGGAUCUCAAAUUUACGCUGCAGUACUCAAGUCUCAUCUCCCAGCUCACAGCAAAAGCGCGGUCUGUCGUCAGGGACUUGGAUCCUCAGGUAUAUUUAUCCACUAUUGAAAGAUCUCUAUACUAAGCACAGAACUUCUAAACAAAGAUCUUAAUGAUUGGUCUCUACGACUCGUUGUAGUUGUUCUUCCCUGACUCUUAUUAAAGAACUUGGAAGACUCUCACAUGGUACGUGUUAUUUAUGUUUCCGUCACAAUACAAUUACGACUACAAGUGCGCUAUUCCGUUUUCCAAUCACAACACCAGAACGACUUAACCUUUUUGCGAAUCCGAAGUCGAAAGCACGAGAUCAUGGUAGCACCGGAUAAGGAGUACUUGCUGAUUGUAAUCCAGGAUCCGAAUGCUGAUCAAGCAGUAUAAAAAGUAGGUUGAGGAGGACGUGGAGGUGGUUCAUUCGCAAGAACCCUUGAAAUUAAUACUUGUCAUCUAGUAUUAUCUUCAUCUUCUACUGAUGAUAGAUACAACGUCGAUGUUGAUGGCAUCCAUUUUUAUCCUACGACCUUGUCGUAGGUCUAAGUAAUAACUUAAUUAAGACUCAAAAUCGAUGGGCAUUGUCAUCGCUGCAAUUUAUGAGGUGGAAAAACGAAUCAUCUUCAAAGUCAAUACUCAUUCUCAUGCGACGUUCGUCCGCAUUGUAAUUAGGUAGACGAACAAGAACUAGCUUAGUCCCACAACAAGAUCACCAUCAUCUCGUGCUUCACUUUCACACUUCGAAACUUCAUCAGGACAAAAAGUACAAGUUUAACAUUUUGGUAAAUAGCCUUUUUUAUUCCCUACCACGUUACGAGCAAAUCAAGCUACUACACUAGUACAAAGACAAAGUCGUCCCAAUGUUGGUCCAAAGAGACAUCAGCUGACUUGACAAGAACAUAUUUCUAUGGUGUGCAGUUAAAAGGCACCACGCGUCAGAAAGAACGAAGGCACCAUGUAAAAGGGAGGCACCCGUAUCAGCGACCACCAAUUGC